CUCGAAAGAAUAUCUACCUUCUCCGUCGUCCUUCCUAAUACAUGCGGUUCGACGAGAUCGCACGGACGUCGUCGCCUCCUACUAUUCCGAGAGAGUUCACAAAUUUCCCCAUGUCUGUCAGCUUGGUGGAUCGUUCUGUGCCAAGUCAUAUUUUCAAUGACUGUCUUGCGAUGCGCACGAUACGUGCUGGCACAAUCUCACCUGAUGAUCACAAAGUCCAUGUUACACAAACUGGCGAUUGACUGGGGCAUGGAAAAUUGCGAAUUGCACCUCGCCAUUCUGCCUGUGGACCGACUCACUGCACUUGCUUUAAACCGCCUCAACGCCAGUGCACCAGUUGGCAUUUCAACUCUAUCGUUCAAUGUCCGACUUCCACGGGUCGCAAAACUUGAUAACAUAGUGCUAGGGCAAGACAGCUUGAACUGGCACAGAAAACUUUCUUGUGCGAUGAACGACAUUCUUGUUUUCGAGUUAGGAUGUUCGGAGGAUGAACCAAGCGGUAGCUGCGAUAUAGAAUGGUGGAAGGCUUACAAGGAGAUUGAACCAGCGCUCCACUGUGUAACUUUACUUUCCUCGGAUUCGGGUCAUCGAGACGAAACAUUUGGUUUAUUCAACAGGUUAAAGCAUCUAGUUACAAUUUUACGCAAUCCUACUUGCCAUCAGCCAUCUUACUCGUGUACUUGCGAAUGUGGACCAAUCCCAUGAGUCAAACCACUUCCAGAUUUCAACUACAUAUUUCACUCAAUUCUGCUUCAUGCAUUGUGGUCGUUCAACGUUCAACCUCGGAAUGAGCAUGAGAGAUAAAAUUAUAUUCAAACAUUGUGUCCGAGUACGAAUUUUGUGAGAGUGCUAACUACUAUGGAGUGCUGAUCGCA